GAUCACAUCCGUGGACAUGUCUAACGUUCUUUACAUGGUUAUCAAUUGCAAUAAGAGCUUCAUGUAGUUGAUGCUGGUUUCAUAAUAUAUCACCCUAUGAACCUUUUGUAGGUAUGAAUAACAGAGAUGAGAUGAGUACUCUUCGUAAUUUCUUAUCAGUGUAUUGCUAUAGAGACAAACGGUAUAAAGGUAAUAUUUCAUUAUUUUUCAUCGAGCCGAAAUACUGGAUGGUUCAUUCACUGAAGUUUCCGAAAUGAAGAGAAAAUACCUUUAUAAUCUGGCUGUGAUUGCCGUAGGAGUGUUAUGUGUUGCAAGCAAUAAGCAAAAAUAUCAAGUUUAUGCUGAAGAUAGUGCAUAUGCGGAUGAUCAGUUUCUCAACAAACAAAAUUUUAUUUUCGAAAUCCUGAGAAACAUAUAUCAGCCUUUAGAAUUUGAAGAGUAUCUGCCUUUUACGAAGAGUUGGAUUGCAGAUGCUUCGAAAUAUAAGGAUUUCAAAACGGUUUCAACAUUUUUCGACCUUUUCAAAGAAGGUUUUUUGUCGAAGGGUGAAGUUUUCUCGAUUUACAACUACUGGUACCUCAAACAAACUCGAAUGCUGUUUAUGUUUUUCUAUAACUCGAUCGAUUGGGAUACCUUUUACAAAAAUGUUAUUUGGGCGCGUGAAAACACCAACGAAGGAAUGUUCAUUUUUGCACUCACACUUUCCGUGUUGCAUCGCCCGGAUCUACAGGGAUUGGAGUUGCCAGCUAUCUACGAGCUUGAACCUUAUUUUUUCUUCAACGGUGAUUUAAUCCACGAUGCUAUGGUUCGUCGAAUGUCUGAUGAUGAAUAUGGAUUUUAUUCAGGACAUGAUCAUAACGUAGCAAUGAGUAAUUACACGUCCAAGUUUGCUACAAAUCACUAUGGAGAGGGAAAACUAGCAUAUUUUACUGAAGAUAUAGGAUUGAACGCAUACUACUACUAUUAUAUGCUUGAAUAUCCAUACUUUUUAGGGGGUGAUGAGUUUGGACUGAACAAAGAUCGUCGUGGAGAGUUAUUUCUAUACAUGCUUCAGCAACUGCUAGCACGUUACUAUUUGGAAAGGCAGUCAAAUGCACUUGGAGAUAUCGAGGAGCUUUCCUGGGAGUUUCCGUUGAAAACUGGGUAUAACCCUAUGCUACGCUAUUGGAAUGGUAUCCCAUUCCGAACGAGAGAAAACAAUUUCAACAUGCGAGGAUAUGACCCGAUGAAAUUGCAGCUAAUGAAGGAUCAUGAACUGCGAAUCAGGCGCGCUAUUGAUGCAGGAUUUUACAAUCAUGCUAAUGGGACUAUUUUCAAUUUACGUACUGCUGAGGCGAUCGACAUAAUCGGAAAUAUGGUUAACGGAAACGCUGAUAGCAUUGACUUCGAUUACUUUAAGCCACUCGAUGUAUUCGCUCGAAUGAUUCUUGCACAGGGUGACUACUACGGGGUAGCCGAAGAUUUAUGGCCAGGACCUCUAAUGCACUAUGAAACGUCUAUGCGAGAUCCAAUAUAUUAUCAGUAUCUUGAACGAGUGCUUGGUUUCUAUUGGCAAUUCAAAAGCUAUCUUCCACCGUAUUCCGUUGAUGAACUGAACUACAAAGGAAUUCAAAUUACAAAUCUCACGCUUGAUAAAUUGAUCACCUAUUUCGAAUAUUUCGAUGCCGAUAUUAGUAAUGGUUUGCCGUUUAAUCGUCAAAAUUCAAAACAAAAGACUAAAUGGGAGUACACCGUAUUUGCAAGACAGAAACGUUUGAAUCACAAACCGUUCAACUUUACGAUGUUGGUGGAGUCAAACAUUACUGGGAAAGGUGUCAUUCGAAUGUAUAUGGGACCAAGAUUCCAAAAUAUUAGGCAGCUACGUUUGCUGAAAAAAUACUACGUUGAGAUGGAUCAAUUCAUAGUAGAUCUUGAAGUCGGCCAAAAUGUCAUAAACCGUUCCACAAAGGAUUUCUACUACAAUGUUCGGGAUCGCACCACUUACACUGAACUAUACAAACGAGUAAUGCGAGGUAUUAGGAACGAGAAGCCGUACGCAUUAGACAUGUCGGAGGCACAUUGUGGUUGGCCUGACCGACUGCUUCUGCCUAGAGGACUGCCAAACGGAUACGAUAUAUCAUUUUUCAUCAUCAUUAGCCCGCAUAUUCCACCGAAAGUUCCCCAGUAUUCAACCUAUACAAUUGGCUGUGGAGCAGGAUCUGGGUCGAAAUAUGGAGAUGGUCUGCCAUUUGGAUUCCCAUUUGAUCGCGAGAUGGACGUUAACCACUUCAAUACGAAAAACAUGAUUUUUAAGGAUGUUAUGAUUCAUCAUAUUGAUGGCCUUGAUCAAAAUAAAGAAUAAUUAUAAAGCCUAACAUAAAGUUUUUCAUUAUCAUAUAUCAAUAGUUUUUAACCCUCUACUUCCCAUGGUUGCUAAAGAGCACCAUCGAUUUUCUACGAACUCUGGACAAACGGAAUU